AUGGGGGAGAAGGCGAGCAGCGUAGCGGAGCUGCAGGCGGAGCUGGAGGCGGCGCACGCGCGCGGCGCGGCGCUGUGCGGGGAGGCGCGCCACGCCGUGUGCGCCGUGCGCCACUGGGUGCGCCGCAUGCGCGACAAGCACAGAGAGCAAGCCAACCUAAUAAAAGAAAAGGACGUCAUCUUAGGAGCGCUCCAAGAGAGGCUGGAAGAGAGACAGUGUGACUCGCAGCACACGAGUACGUCGGACAACGGCCCGAGCUGCUCCAAGUGCCUGUCCAGCCGCGACGGACGCAGCUUCUGCAAGUCGGAAGACAUGCAGGAUCAGUGCCGCAGCCCGAGUCUGAGCGAGAUAGCUAGCUGCUCCACUGCUGUGCCCCUUCUACGAAUAAAGAAGCCAUGUUCGAAUAGGCGCUGCAAGGCGUGGCGCUGCGACGCGGGCGUGCAGGAGCCGCUGCGCAGCGAGGCGGGGCAGGACCCGCGCUACCCGCCCUUCCCCUACUGCACGCGCCGGGACGUGCGGGCCGUGCGCGUGCGACGGGACACGCGGGAACUUCGUGAUGUAUCUCCCAAUCCCGAGGAGUUGGCUCUUCGCGUCGAGCAGAUGGCUGAAGCCUUCGCAGACGGGCAAAGACGCUGGACCAGGCCUCACGACUCGCGGUGACUUAAAACUGCGGACGCCCACACUUAUCGUGAUAUCAGAAACUACCUUACUUAAAAGACGAUUUUACUGACUGACAUAGCAACGCUUAGGAGAAAUGUUUCAGUUACCGGAUUAAUUUGAAUCCUAAAACUUGGCUCAGAUGCACUGCUCUCCACUGAUGACACUCACCGUUAACUGGUUUACUGACAGUAUCAUCACAGUAUGAACUUUAAAGUUAGAUUUAACUUUCCAGAAUGGAAGUACACUUCAGGGUGCAUGACUACGUCAGGUAUUCUUGUCUUUUGGUACUUUUAAUUUCCGUCCAGGGCACUUACUGUAAGCUUUUCAGGAGCAACUGUUGCUAUCCAGAUUUGCAUUUUGAUACAAUAACUUUUGAAUACCGAAAGAUUAGACUGCAACUAGAAAUGAAUAAUACAGAAAAAUAAAAUCAAGUUUUCAAUAAAACACUUAUAUCCAGCUCAAGUCACAUAAAGGGUUGCUAGACUGUAAAACCAAAAAGAGUUGCCAGUUUAAGGCAUUUAGUAGAAUUAUUUUAAAGACAUUUUAGUACAUUUAUUAAUUUUAGUAAUAACAGUAUUAUUUACUAGUCUUAUUUAUAGUCAUUGUAUUUAUCAAUAACAAUUUUGUUUUGUUUUAUUGAGUGGUUU